AUGUGCAUUGCGGUCAUUGCAGCGCGAAUUUCGAUUGAGAAAAGUUUGAAAUAUACCGAUUCUAAUGUGGGUCAUAAUGUAGAAAGAUGCACGAUUUCAAAUCACACUGCAAUUGCGAUUAGUAUUAAUAGGCCAGAGAGAAGAAAUGCCUUUCGACCUCAGACAGUUAAGGAGCUUAUUCGUGCUUUCAAUGAUGCUAGAGAUGAUCCUUCUGUUGGCGUCAUCAUUCUCACUGGAAAGGGAACCGAUGCAUUUUGUAGCGGUGGUGACCAAGCCUUGAGGACUGAAGAUGGUUAUUCUGAUCAUGAAAAUUUCGGUCGCCUUAAUGUGUUGGACUUGCAGGUGCAAAUUCGCCGCCUUCCGAAACCAGUGAUUGCAAUGCUAACACUAAAACAGGUUGCAGGGUACGCUGUUGGAGGAGGGCAUGUAUUGCAUAUGGUUUGUGAUCUAACCAUCGCAGCAGAUAACGCCAUCUUCGGCCAAACGGGUCCUAAGGUUGGGAGUUUCGAUGUUGGUUACGGAAGUUCUAUCAUGUCGCGUUUGGUAGGUCCGAAAAAAGCGCGCGAAAUGUGGUUUCUCGCAAGGUUUUAUUCUGCUGUUGAAGCAGAGAAAAUGGGCCUUAUCAACACUGUUGUACCACUAGAGAAUUUAGAGAGAGAAACAAUCAAAUGGUGUAGGGAGAUACUCAGAAACAGCCCGACUGCAAUUCGGGUUCUCAAGGCUGCUAUUAAUGCAGUCGAUGACGGGCACGCGGGACUUCAGGAAAUGGGUGGAAAUGCAACACUGAUAUUUUAUGGCACCGAGGAAGCAAAAGAAGGAAAAACUGCGUAUAUGGAGCGUAGACGCCCCGAUUUUUCUAAGUUUAAUCGAAGACCAUAAAUACAAAUGUAUUUAAAAAUUAUACAAGUCGAUUAUUGUUAUCAAUUUGAGGUAUGGUCUUCUAGUCUGGCCAAUGUUUUUUAGGAAAAAUAAACUGAAUUGAUUCCUGUUAGCUCUUAUAAUGUUAUGUCCUUAUUAAUUUUCUCUUCAUAUAAAACCAGUAUCAUAUGAAUAUAUAAAGAGUGAACAAAAAGAACAAAAAAUGAUGAUUAUUUUACAUGAGUUUUAGGAAAAAUAACCACUCUUUUAUAGGCCUUGUUUAUAUGGAUAUAUGAUCAUGGUAUCAGAGCCUGGUUAACCAUGUGCUUGAUCUGGGAGUUGAACUCAAGACCACUUGAUGAAGCAGGUCCUGACACCAUGAAGGAAACCAAUAGGCCAAAGAGUUCAAGGUGUUACUCUGUUAGAAUUUUAGUAA